GCGGCCGUACGACCCGACGCUGUACAGCCACCUGCCGUCCCACGAGAUUCCAUUGCCUCCGAGUGAUGACGACAGCGACGACCCCCGAUCAUCAACGAUUCCUCUGGCAGCGGUUCGACGCAGGAUUGGAUGGGGAGCCAGCUGUACAGACAGCCCUCGACGCCAACGUACACUGAUCUGCUGGAGGGGCGGACCCUGGUUGGUUAUGACGCAGGGCUCGUAGAUCUCAGCUUCGGUUUGAGGUCUGGGAGUGGCCAGGACGUCACGCACACCGUUCUCGUGAACCCGGCUUCUGGCAGCAACAACACAGCGCCUUCGGUGGGGGCGUGUGGCCUUCCUGACACCCGCGGCCGGGGUUCUGGUCACUCGGGCGACGAACAUGGACUCGUUUCGCGAGGGCGGGGGGCAGUGGGCACAGUAGGUGUUCGCACGUCGGGAACGAGGACAGGUGGAUCGACAACGGCAGUCGGCGCAGUCCACCGAGAACGGGAUGACGAUGACUGCUAUACUGCGGAGGUCGUGGGGCGAGAGGUUUGGGAUGAUUAUCGGCGACAAUCGCGUCAAUCUAGCACGUCCGCCAUAACGAGAGGGGUGUCGAAGAUCAAUGUAGGGGCGGACGACACACCCGGCGAUUGCGACGGUGCGGGUGGUGAAGAUUGCUCGGCAGGCAACGGGGGCAAUGACAACGACGAGGACGACGACGGGGAAAUGGAGAUUCGUCCGGUGGGGAAGAAACGGGGAGGGCCUAGGGCGACGAGCAAGUCCAGGGAGCCGCGCGCGGGGCGGAGAGGCAAGAAGAGUGCGGGAGAUGCGUCGGCAGGCGACGGAGCGAAAAACAGGGAUUUUUGGACCGUGGAACACAUGAUUGCUCUUGUCCGAGCUAAAAGAGACCAGGAUUUGCAUCUUGCUGGCCUCGGCCACAACAUGGGAAGGAUGAAGACGAAGACAUGGAAGUGGGCCGAUAUCGAGAGUAGACUCGUGCAAAUAGGGGUGACGAGUAGAAAGGCCGACGACUGCGGGAAAAAAUGGGACAACCUGUACAUGCAGCUCAGAAUUAUGCACAAGUUCAUGGGAGAAUCGGGGAAGCCUGAUUUCUUCACACUGACGCCGCGGGAGAGAAAGGAGUGGGGGUUCGAUUGCGGAUGGACGAGCAUGUGCGGUAGUGACGGAUGCGGGGAUGGGCAGGAGGACGAUCAGGGAUCUACGCGGAAUUCAAGUUUCAGCGGCGGCGGUGCGGGCGGGUGCGGCAAAAGGAAGAAUGUGAGACAACAGACCUUCGACACCAUUGCGGACGUCAUGAAGGAACACGGGAGUCUGAUGGCGAUGACAGUGGACAGCGCGAGCAAGAGGCAGUACUCAAUUCUGACUAGGCAAUGCGACAUUCUCGAGCAAGAGCUAGAAGUGCAGAAGGAGCACUACUCCCCCUUCACGCGCCGCAAGCACGUGCUCUUUUUUAGCUGGCCAUCAUCGUCGCGGCUCCUUCCCACCACGAUUGCGCAUCGUCCACGUGUUCCGUCGUCGACGUGGCCGUCGUCGAUCUCCAUGCGUCCUACUUCCACGUGCUCCUCAGUGAAAGCCAGGAAAGAUAGCGGGGCGAGCGACAGGGGGGAAACCCAGAGAGGCAAAGGGCACGUGCCUAAGUCGAAAAGGCAGCGCGUUGAAGAGGCGAGCUCCGACCACACUGGAGACUUCCAGCCAGAAGAAGUGCUGAUGGUGGACGCGCAAGGGACUUCAGCGGCGGCGCGAUUGGGUUUCGGGCGGGACGGGGUGUCGAAGGAACAACUGUCCGCUCUGAAGCAGAGCAUUGCUGUUGGUGUUGUCGGGGCGUCGCAAAGGACCCCGAAGGCGAUAGGGGUUGUCAUAACGGAGGUGCGCGUGCCGAGGCAACUUCCCGCGGUGGCGGGGCAGGGCCAGCCACGUCAGGCACUCCCCCUGCAACAGGUGGGGGCUUCAAGAGGAGGGAAAGCACAGUCCACGCAAAAGGGCAAUGCAACGGCGAUCGGCACUCGGACGGCGGCGGAGGAUUACAUCAAUAGAAGCGGAGUCGCCGAAGGUGCGGCCGAGGAGAGGGUAGACGACGUCCGCCGUGACAAUGGAAAAAGAGACGGGAAGUGGGAGGGCGACGACAAUGACGACCGUCCACUUGUGACGAGGUUGAAGGGAGCCGCAAAGGAGGAUGAUCUGGAGGAGAGAUCGAAGUUGUGGGUUGAUUGCGACUCUUUCUGGGGUCAGGGACCGGGGAAACCCUUGAGCGUGGAGAAACUGGUGCUGCGCGCCAUCCACGGCUGGAUUUUCAAAUCGUUGUCGUGGUCGGCUGGAUUCGCUCGUGCAGAGUCGUACAUCAGCGUCGACAUUGCCACGGACGUGGCACGAGCAGUUUGGCAGGGGCAGGAAUGGUCGAACGUGGUGACUGUGUCCCCUGCACUCGUGUACCACACUCUGGGGAUGAAGAUGGACGUGCCUCUGUGGUUCGCGGGGGUGAAGAUUGUGGAUCGGCCCGAGGACGACGACAUGGCGGCGCGGCAAGAGGCGACAGUUCUUCGCGUCGCGGAGUGUUGGACAUAUGCACUGUGGUGUGGACAAUGGGCGGAUGACGACCGUUCGCACUACGAGGCAUGCCUUUACUCGUCCAUGGUCGCCAAACCGACAAUGAUAGCGGUGGGGUUGUACAUCUUCAACUGGCGGCGAUACAUCGUCGACAGCGCGAACCUCGUCUUGGAUCGUAUAGGGAAGGCUCACCUCACGCUGGGAGAAUUCCCGCACUGCAUUCCGGAAUGGUGUGACUGUGGGUUGGUGUUCGGCCACAACGCCACCCUGAAGAACGUGGCGGAAGCCGCGAAACACGGAUGGAUCGGCAGGGGGCCCGCGACGGAGGAAGAGGGAGACGAGGACGGUUGACACGUGGGUGCGUCCGUGACGCAGCGUCAGGGUGCAGAUCAUCGACUGAUUGGAGCAUUGAAAGACGCAACGACGAAC